ACCGGGGGUCGCGACAGAACCCAACCCCCACCCCCCCCACGGUGCCAUGUCGGCCGAAAACGGCGCGGUCCCGGCGCGGGACGGGCCGGAGGUGAAGAGCGUGGUGACCCGCGUGGCCAACCUGGCCCUGGUGAGCUGUGCCUGCGGGGCCGUGGCCGCGGCGUACGCGAGCACCAAGGAGAGGCACCCCUGCGUCCGCUCCGUCUGCCAGGCCGCCGAGAAGGGGGUGAAGACGCUGACGGCGGCGGCCGUGAGCGGGGCCCAGCCCCUCCUCACCCGGCUGGAGCCACAGAUUUCCAGCGCCAACGAAUUGGCCUGCAAAGGGCUGGACAAGCUGGAGGAGAAGCUGCCCAUCCUGCAGCAGCCCCCUGAGAGGGUGGUGGCCGGGACCAGGGAGCUGGUGAGCGGGGUGGUGGCCAGGACGCUCGGCACCGUGACGGGCACCCGCGUGGGGCGGCUGCUGGUCACGGGGGUGGGCACAGUGCUGGGGAGACCGGAGCAGCUGGUGGGCAGGUACCUUCCCGGGACGGAGGAGGAGCUGGCAGCCACAGCAGGUGCACAGGUGACCCAGGGCACGGAGGUGGGCACAGCAGGCACUGAGGUGGCCCGGGGCCCAGAGAUGGGCACAGCAGGCUCAGAGGUGGCCCCGGGCCCGGUGGUGUCCCCGCCGGGGCGGCAGAGGCGGUGGCAGAGCUGCUUUGUCCGCGUGGGCUCCCUGUCGGCCGAGCUGCGGCACCGGGCCCUGCGGCGCUCGCUGGGCGAGCUGCGGCGGGCACGGCACAGCGCCCAGCACCUGCUGGCACAGCUCCACCACCUCAUCCAGCUGAUCGAGGAGGGGCAGCGCGGCUCCGACGGGCCCCGGAGCGGCACCCGGGAGAGACUCCACCGGCUGUGGCUGGAGUGGAGCCGGCAGGAGGGUGUGCCCAUGGAGGAGAGCGAGGUGGAGGCCCGGGCCCUGGUCAUGCUCCGGGGGCUCCUGCAGCAGCUCCACGGCGCCUGUGCCCGCCUGGCCUCCGGCGCCCGGGCCUUCCCCAGCAGCGUCCAGGAGACGGCGGGGCACGUCCGGCACGGCGUGGAGGGCGUCCAGGCCGCCCUGGCCCGCGCCCGCUCCUUCCACGACCUGUCUGAGCUGGUGCUGGCGCAGAGCCGGGACGGGGUGGCGCGGGCACAGCUGGGCGUCGAGGAGCUGCUGGAGCACGUGGGGCAGCACACGCCCCUGCCCUGGCUCGUGGGACCCUUCGCCCCGGCGCUGGUGGAGUACCCCGAGGACGCCCCGGUGGAUAUGGCCAAGUGGGAGGGCUGUGUCACCGUCGGGGGGACGCGCCAGGCGCCCGCUGCCCCGCGGGUGUGCAGCCAGCGCUGAGCCACGGGCACCUCAGUGCCACGGGCACCGCGGGGCUGGGGGAGUGCCCGUGCCUGGGAACCCCGACCCUGAUGGGAUGGACCUGGUGACCCAGCGUGGGACCCCGAUGUCGCUGCCAGGGACUCGUGUGGGAACGGUGGCA